GGAACCAACAACCGAUACAGCAACUCAGAAGCAAUUUUUUUUUUCCCUCGAAAUGGCUUGUUGUCCAUUUCCCCGCCCCACGAGUUUGAAGCACCACCACCAGAGCCACCGUGUUCCGCCGCCGUUCUACAAUUCCACCACCGCAACCGUCAAUUUGAUGACCUUCUUUUCUCCGCUUUCUUCCUCUUCAUCUCAAACGAAUCUCCACCGUUCGUUUCCCCUCAAACGCAUUCCUUGGUCAGGCCGCUGCCACGCCGCCGGUCCCCAACCGGAGCCGCCUUCCGAGGAACAACUGUCUCCACUUUCAGGAGUAACAAAGACUUUCACCAGAUUCAAGAUACUCUGCAGAUCUUCUUUGCUGUUCUAUUUUGGAUAUCUCUUUUCUUCUGGUCUUCUGCGUGGGAUCGAGGAAACGGUGGCAGACCAAAUAACGGUCCUCGAUUUAGAAAAUAAUUUCGUAAGCUGUCGUGUAAAUUGUAAUACAUAUGCUUAUAUAAGUUAGAACAGAACAAAUACUCCCAAACAUUUCUCGAGUCGUCUGAAUUAAUAUGAAAUGAUUGUUACUUUAGACAGUUA